AUGUUUGACAUCUCCCGGGCAACGGGACCCGAGCAGGGACGCAUCCGCACGGAGCGAUCCAUUAACUGGCUGAACGACCCAGAGUUUGUGAGCGCGUCCUUCAUCCAGCAGGACCCCACCAGUGAGCCCGCUGGCGACGAUGACAAGCUCUACUUCUUCUUCACCGAGGUGGCCAAGGAGUACGAGAUGUACACCAAGGUCAAGGUGCCCCGCGUCGCCCGCGUCUGCAAGUCGGACGUGGGGGGCAUGAAGACCCUGCAGCGGCGCUGGACCAUCCUGAAGGCCCAGCUGGUGUGUGAGGACCGGCCCAGCGGUCAGCGCUACAACGUGCUCACCGACGUCUUCACGCUGCGACGCGACCCCAGCGACCCCGCCACCACCCAGUUCUACGGCCUCUUCACCUCCCAGUGGGAGCGCGAGGAGCUGGCGGCCGUGUGCGUCUUCAGUCUGUCCGACAUCAACAAAGUGAUGGACGGCCCCUUCAAGGAGCUGAAGAAGACCUGCGAGAACUGGAUCAAUCCGGAACCCGUCCCCAGACCCCGGCCCGGACAGUGUCUGAACAGCGCCCUGCGGGCGGAGGGCUUCGAGUCGUCCCAGCUGCCCGACAAGGUGCUGACGUUCACGGACCACCCGCUGAUGGAGAACAGCGUGACGGCGGCCCCCCUGCUGCUGCGCCGCGGCGUCACCUACACCAAGCUGGCCGUCACGCUGGCCGACGGCGGCGCCGGCGCCCUGCUGCUCCUCGGCACAGAUCGGGGGGAGCUCCACCGGGUGGCGGUAGUGGGCCAGAACACCACCUUACUGCAGGAGGUCCCUCUGUUCCCCGCGGACCAGCCCAUCAACAACAUAGUGCUGCACCAGGGCCAGGCCCUGGUGGGUACCCCCCAGUCCCUGGCGCGGGUCGCGGCCCAGGGCUGCGGGCUGCACCCCAGCUGUGAGGUGUGCGCGCGGGCACGGGGGCUGGGCUGCACCUGGACACCACCCGCCACGGAGGGCCCCACGACGGGACCUGUGGACCAGGCCCCGAGCCGGCCCGGGCCAGGGGACAUGGUGGAGGAAGCCCUGAAGAAGUGUAACAGCAGAGAGGGCCGGUGCACUCCGGCAGUGAGGGAGCUGCGCGUCUCCCUGGGCCUGCACCUCCUGCUGCCCUGCGUCCAGGUCUCCCCCAGGCCCUGCACCUGGACCCACCCCCCCCCAGAGACAACCCGGCAGCACCACUCCCACCUGGAGGUGACGGUCAGCGAGGAGAGCCUGGGCACCUACGUCUGCACCUGUCAGGAGGCGGGGCCAGAUCGGGGAGAGCCCACUUCAUGUCGCCGGGCGGCCUACGAUCUGGUGGUGGCGGGGCCGUUCGCCGGGGGGGCGGUGGCCACGGCGGGAAACCGCCACCUGCUGGCCAUCUACAUCCUGUGCUUCUGCCUGGGCCUCGCCAUGGGCACCUUCCUGCUCUACUUCCUGAGCCGGCGCCGCCCGCUCGGCCUGCGCCUGGCCAAGCGCUCGCUGUCGUCCGACAAGGGGCGGGACCUGCUGGGCUCCUCGGCCACGCCCCAGUCCCCCGGCAGCGCCAGCCUGCUGUCGGACGCCUUCACGCCGUCGGAGAAACGCAACGGCACGGCCAUGACGUCGCUGCACUCCACGCAGGGCAACGGCGGUCCCCACGGCAACCACAGCUACAGCAGCAACCUCAUCAGCAACAGCAGCAACGCCAGCAGUAACCCUGGCAACGGCCACGGGGAGCCCGUGCACUCCAACUACGAGCGCAACGCGAGCAUACCGCCGGCCGACCGGCUGGACGGACGGACGGGGGAGAGGGGGAGGGAGGGGGGGGAGGAUGUGGACGAGGGGCUGGGGGAGGGGCUUGGAGACUCCAUGAGAGGUCUGGAGGAGGAGAUGGCCAAGUUCCCGCUCUAUAAGUCGCCGGCGCCACUGGCGAGGUGCGAGGAGAGUUCGAUAUGAGCCGGGGGGAUUCUUGCGUAUGGUUACGAAAUAAAACAUUACGAGAGGAUCCCGGGUUUAAUUUAUGGAUCGGACGCGCCGUGUCGUACCUCCGGACUGAGAGCGGAGCGGGAAGAGGAUGCAAACUAGCCGCCGCGGCGCGGUUGUAGGCCUACUGCGCAGCGGCGAGCUAUGACACUAGAGUCUCUAUGUGAGAAAUGUAUGCGGGAUUGAUUCCAAAGCACGUAUAUACAUGUAUGUGUGUGUGUGUGUGUGUGUGUCUGAUCAAAUAUAUUAUUACAGCGGAGGGAAGAUAGUCAGAUGAAGAAUAGGACCUUUGAAAAAUAAUAAAAAAGAAGUUAUCCAGGACGACACGUGAAGACGUCUGUGUAGUGUGAGGCACUCCAGUGGAUAUGUGAAAAAACGUAAAUGUAAGAUGUCAAAGAAGAAAGCUUUUAAUGUUUUUCACCGACGACAUGCGCACAUGAAACGGACUUGACGUGUUGAAUGGGAAGAGAAAAGACAGUAAUCAAAGAGGAAAAUGUCUGCAUCUUCACAGGCAUGUUCACAAAGAAGCCAUAUUCCUUCCGUGUUGUCUUUGUUGUUGUCGUGUCCCUUUUGUGCCACAAGGGGGCCAAAUAAGUAGCACUUUGAACCACUGGACGACACUUCUCCGAGGCUUGUCUGAAACGCAUAUUUAAUUUUUUAUUGCUUGGUGAUGUUUUUUUCUUGAUGUUUCUCACCGACAUGAACGCAACUCCGCGACAACUCCCACGAUCCCUGGCCCGGCGUCGACUAAGGACAAAAGAUCGCCCCCUACUGGUGAAACAACGAUAAUAAUAAUAAUUUUAUUUUGUACAAUUGACUGCGAUGACCCGAUAGUGGAUCGAUUCGAGCUGAUUGGAGCCUGCAAUCGAGGGUUAGAUUGUUCUAAUCGCCAUGAUGUCGCCAUCGGGCUCUUCGAAAGCAAAUACGAUUGCGGGGUCAAGGUUCAAGAACGACAGACCAGGAGGGGACCAGGAGGGGCCCUGGGGAACUUGAUCACAUGUUUGACAUUUGGGUGCAAAGGCCCUUGAAUGCCUCAUGCAACUUGACCCAAAUUCACCACCUCUGCUCUGUACAACAAGUGUACCAAACAAAUAUCUAAAAGAUGUCUUCUGUAUCGUUUUUGUCAUGUCUUUUUUAAUAAAACGUUAAAAACUG